AUGGAAUCCUACUGGAAAUAUCCGGAUACAUUUACCGGAUUUAUACCCGAUCUGUCCACUUUGUGGCUCAAUGAAUAUGUCAAGUUCGUGGACAUGCGUGGAAAUGUUGUUCAAAACCAGCAGGGCAUUGAGAAGAUUCCUUUUGAUGUCGCCGUGAACUCUGUGGUCUGUCUCGAAGACGGUAUCUUGGCCUUCCAUCCCCAUGGUCUCAAGGGUUUUGGCUUUGACGGACAGUUGGGUCGAAAGAAGCCGAAUUGGCUGUUGCAUGAGUAUCACGCUCAGUCCUUUACUUACUUUGUUUAA